AUGCCCCGAGCGCUCGCAGGGCCUCCAGCUAACCAUGCCGCACCGCUCUCAACCGCACUGGCGCGGCCCCUGCUAGUGCUGCUGCUGGUGGUGCAGACGCCGCCCCUGACCAGCGCAAGGCCGUCCCCAGGUCCCGACUACCUGCGGCGCGGCUGGCUGCGGCUGCUAGCGGAGGGCGAAGGCUGCGCUCCCUGCCGGCCAGAAGAGUGCGCCGCGCCGCGGGGCUGCCUGGCGGGCUGGGUGCACGACGCGUGCGGCUGCUGCUGGGAAUGCGCCAACCUUGAGGGCCAGCUCUGCGACCUGGACCCCAGUGCUCAUUUCUACGGGCGCUGCGGCGAGCAGCUUGAAUGCAGGUUGGACGCAGGCGGUGACCUGAGCCGGGGAGAGGUGCCGGAGCCUCUGUGUGCCUGCCGCUCGCAGCGCCCGCUCUGCGGUUCCAAUGGCCGCACCUACGCCCAGAUCUGCCGCCUGCAGGAGGCAGCCCGCGCUCGGCCCGACGCCAACCUCACUGUGGCGCACCCAGGGCCCUGCGAAGCGGAGCCCCAGAUCGUGUCGCACCCAUACGACAUUUGGAAUGUGACAGGGCAGGAUGUGAUCUUUGGCUGUGAGGUGUUCGCCUACCCCAUGGCUUCCAUUGAGUGGAGGAAGGAUGGUUUGGACAUCCAGCUGCCAGGGGAUGACCCCCACAUCUCUGUGCAGUUUAGGGGUGGACCCCAGAGGUUUGAGGUGACCGGCUGGCUGCAGAUACAGGCUGUGCGUCCCAGUGAUGAGGGCACCUACCGCUGCCUUGCCCGCAAUGCCCUGGGGCAGGUCGAGGCCACUGCUAGUCUGACUGUGCUCACACCAGACCAGCUGAACUCCACAGGCAUCCCCCAGCUGCAAUCACUGAACCUGGUUCCUGAGGAAGAGACUGAGAGUGAAGAGAGUGAUUACUACUAG